UAAAGACAAUGAAGAGCGCGUGUUCAGGGAGCGCAUGCGGCCCAGGAAGCGGCAGGGGGCCGUCAGGCGCAGGGUCCACCAGGUCAACGGCCACAAGUUCAUGGCCACCUACCUUCGGCAGCCCACCUACUGCUCCCACUGCAGAGAUUUUAUCUGGGGUGUCAUAGGAAAGCAGGGAUACCAAUGUCAAGUUUGCACUUGCGUGGUCCACAAGAGAUGCCAUGAGCUCAUAAUUACGAAGUGUGCUGGAUUAAAGAAACAGGAAACUCCCGAUGAGGUGGGCUCGCAGCGGUUCAGCGUCAACAUGCCCCACAAGUUCGGUAUCCACAACUACAAGGUCCCCACCUUCUGCGACCACUGUGGGUCCUUGCUCUGGGGCCUCUUACGACAGGGUUUGCAAUGCAAAGUCUGCAAGAUGAACGUUCACCGGCGCUGUGAGACCAACGUGGCCCCCAACUGUGGGGUGGACGCCAGAGGAAUUGCCAAAGUCCUGGCUGACCUAGGUGUUACUCCAGACAAAAUCACCAACAGCGGCCAGAGGAGGAAAAAGCUCCUUGCCGGCGCCGAGUCCCCGCAGCCCACUUCUGGAAGCUCACCAUCGGAGGAAGAUCGAUCCAAGUCAGCACCCACCUCCCCCUGUGACCAGGAAAUAAAAGAACUUGAAAACAACAUCCGGAAGGCCUUGUCUUUUGACACCCGCGGGGAGGAGCACCGCGUAGCAGGCGGCGACGGCCAGCAGGCGAGCCCCGGGGAGAACGGCGAAGUGCGGCAGGGCCAGGCCAAGCGCCUGGGUCUGGAUGAGUUCACCUUCAUCAAGGUGCUGGGCAAAGGCAGCUUUGGCAAGGUCAUGUUGGCAGAGCUGAAAGGCAAAGAUGAAGUAUAUGCUGUGAAGGUCUUAAAGAAGGAUGUCAUCCUCCAGGAUGAUGAUGUGGACUGCACGAUGACGGAGAAGAGGAUUUUGGCGCUGGCGCGGAAACACCCGUACCUAACCCAACUCUAUUGCUGCUUUCAGACCAAGGACCGCCUCUUUUUCGUCAUGGAGUAUGUAAAUGGUGGCGACCUUAUGUUCCAGAUUCAGCGCUCCCGAAAAUUCGACGAGCCUCGUUCCCGGUUCUAUGCUGCAGAGGUUACGUCAGCCCUCAUGUUCCUCCACCAACAUGGAGUCAUCUACAGGGAUUUGAAACUGGACAACAUCCUUCUGGAUGCAGAAGGUCACUGCAAGCUGGCCGACUUUGGGAUGUGCAAGGAAGGGAUUCUGAACGGUGUCACAACCACCACAUUCUGUGGAACUCCUGACUACAUUGCACCCGAGAUCCUGCAGGAGUUGGAGUACGGCCCCUCCGUGGACUGGUGGGCCCUGGGGGUGCUGAUGUACGAGAUGAUGGCUGGGCAGCCCCCCUUCGAGGCCGACAAUGAGGACGACCUGUUCGAGUCCAUCCUCCACGAUGACGUGCUCUACCCGGUCUGGCUCAGCAAGGAGGCUGUCAGCAUCCUGAAAGCUUUCAUGACCAAGAACCCGCACAAGCGCCUGGGCUGUGUGGCGGCCCAGAACGGUGAGGACGCCAUCAAGCAGCACCCGUUCUUCAAGGAGAUCGACUGGGUACUCCUGGAGCAGAAGAAGAUCAAGCCGCCCUUCAAACCUCGAAUUAAAACCAAAAGAGACGUCAAUAACUUUGACCAAGACUUUACCCGGGAAGAGCCAGUACUCACGCUCGUGGACGAAGCAAUUGUGAAGCAGAUCAACCAGGAGGAAUUCAAAGGCUUCUCCUACUUUGGUGAAGACCUGAUGCCCUGAGAAGCUGCUCCAGGUGGAGUUUGGUGAUGCUGCGGGAAGGAGUGCCAAGAAGAGUCCGAUUUCUGGAGGCUCCGAAGGCCUUGAACUGCUUCUCCUGUUCUCCAAAGCCCCAGUCCCUCGUCUACCCUCUAUUUAUUGCAUUCCCUUGACCCAGGCCAGGUCCUCCCUCUUCUACCUGGGGACCAGAUUGCACUCUUGGUCCUUGUCUCAGCAGUCGUGCCGAAUCGCAUGGGGUCGGCGGGCAGUGUUUGGUGUGUCGGCAAGCCUGUCUCCCCUCCUCGGGGGUUCCCAGCAGUGACGCAACUUCAGUUCUUUUCCUUCGAAGAGCAACAAGAAGAGCAAACAAGAAGCCCCCGGCUCUGCUGUCAGACAGAGGGUCCCGACAACUGUCACCUCUCAUCCCCCCCUUCCCCCCCACCUGCCAUCCUCUGCCCUUCUGUCCAGGAGAGACGGGUGCUUCUCCAGCCUGGGGGUGGGCGCCCUCGGGGCAUGCUGUGAAGGAGACAGCCGGCGAGAUGCACGGGUGGGCUCCCUGUGUCAGUUUGCUCUGGAAUGGCUCAUUCGCCUUGCUUUGGUGUUAGCUUUGGGCAUGCCAGCGUUGUGAGAGCAUGUAUCUCGUGGAAGAAAUCCCUCUUUGUAGAAAAAGAAAUUUGAUUUUUGAACUCGAUUGACAUUUGAAAAAUAUAUUAGCAAGUUGGCUUUCUGAUUGGCCAAAAGAUAUAAAUUCCAAUAUUAAUGCAGGGAGCUAUUAAAGGGCUAAUAUACAAUGAGAAACCAACCGUCCAAGGUUGAUGCUGUUCACACUUUCGUGGCGCAUGGGGGCUGGAUGAAUCGAGAGAGAAGGAAACAAGGGGCGCUCCUCAUUCUUCAAGCUCUGGCUGAACACAGAGGCCACCGUGGCGAUGGCUCAGACCCUGAGGUUCUAGUCAAGCUCACUCCCAAAUUUUCUUUCCGGUUUUGUUCUAAAUUCCCAGCACACACACUAUUUAUUUCCUGCGACGGCGUGUUCCUUUUGCGCACUUCUGCGAAAAUGGUUGUACUACUGUGUCGUGGUCUUUAGACGUUACACGUGUGAAGUGAAAUAUGAAAUCUCCGCUCUUGAGAUGAGCAGAGUGAGGCUAAACAGGGGUUAUGUGCAGGGUAUCCAGAGACGGACGAGCGACUUGUUUGGAAACUGACAACGUGGCCGAUGUGCUUGGAGCUGUGUUUCUGUGUGUCAUGCCGGGGCAACUCAUGCGGACACGAUCUCAUGGAUGUGAUGUUACCUCCUGUAGAUAUUGCUAACAGUGUUACAUUCUUCGAUUUCCAAGGGUUCUCUGUGGCUGUGUGUAUAUGUUUCCCGGAGGUCAUUUGAUUUAUCUAUUUUACCGAACUGAUUUAGCAGGGAAUGGAAUCCAUUCCAGCUGUUGCACGUGGAUUUCCCAGCCGCCCCUAAAUAUGUAUACUUGUGAGUGGCAGAGUGGCACUAAUGAAGCUUUUUGCCUUUUGUACAUUUGACAUUUUUGUAUAUAGUGUUUGCUGCAAGCCUGUGGAUUUAAUUCAUUGAGUUUAGAGGUAUCAACUGCUGCAUGUUCAGGCAUAUUAUAAAACUUUAGUCUAUGAAAGAAUAAUUAUAAUAAUGUCCAGGUGCAAUACUCUGUAAGCAUAUUGGUUCAAGUUACCGGGAGAUAAGGUGUGUUUCUUUCUUUCUUGAGGGCGGGGAGGAGUCCUUUGUAUUGUUUAUUUCAUUUUGGUUUAUUUCAGAAGAUGUAAACAUAUAUUAAGCUAUAUUAAGUCUCACAAAUAGUUCUCCUGUGCUCUAUUAUGCCCUGAUAGAGAUGGGGAAGGGAAAGGGAUGUUUUUGAUGGUGGUUUCAAAGCUUGGACAGUGACUAGCUCGAGCCCCUAGGAAGUUGGUGUCCAUAUUUGCAUCUGGCCGGUCACAGCCUUUGUUACUAACGAUGACCUUCAGUUCUCUUUUGUUUUUAUUUUUUUAAAAACUCAGGUGUAAUUAUUAUCUGUUCUUACGUUAAUUUCAAAUAUUAUACUAUAUCAAUUUGUGUGUUUGGCAUACCAGUGAAGUGAUGAAGAACAGUAGAUUAACUUAAUUUAUCUUCGGUAACUUGACAUACUGGGGAGAGACUCUUCUGGAGUUGAGUACAAGCACAGAAACAUCUUCAUGGUGGCAUCAUCUCAUUUUUUAAGAAGACAUGACAAGACUGCCCAUCAUACUCAUGCAUCACUACUGCUCUGUUUUUCCUCUGCUUCCUUCACCACGAUGAACUUGGAGUGACCAAGCAAGCUCUAACUGCAAUGCCAAAUGGCCUGCACCAAGGCCUCGGUGGUGUUCCCUUCUCAGAAGGGCUUGGGUCCUUCCCACAGGACAACUGGCAUUUUUGCUGGAAGGUCAAACAAUACAUUCCACCCGGCAGCUCCAGGCAGUCAUGCGCGGGGUGUCUGGCCCAGAGACACCCCCUUUCAGCACCAGAGCUGGGCUGGCUGGGACGCCACCUGCUUGGGGCCGGAGCUGACCAAGUUCUCACACGGGCAGGUUCAAAUCCCACGUCAUCUAUAGAAAAAAAGCUUGUGUGUUCCUUGAACAUUCUUUGUUUCCUUUCAGUUUUCACAAGGGUUAGGAAGCGGACACACGGUUACAUUUCUUUCUCAUCUAUCCAGCUCUUGAGUGGAAAAAAAAAAAAAAAAGCCAAAAAAAUACAUGAAGGAUAGCUGUUCUCCUGUGUUCUCUCAUUAUGGACUUCGUGAAGUGGAAACAUCACUUUUUUCCUCCAAAGGUGAAAAAAAUGCAUUCUUGCUUUAAAAAAAAAAAAAGCUAAAAAAUUACCUCUUUUUAAAUUAUGUGCAAAAUAAUUCUGGCUAAAUAUAAAAUGUAUUCAAUUUUAGGGUUUUUUUUUUGUAUUGUGAUGCUUUAUUUGUACAUUUUUUUUUCCUUUCUGGAUGUAAUUUUAAUCUCUUGCCAUUCAUUAGUGUUAUUUCAUUGUAAACAUUAUUGUGCCAAAUGUACUGUAUUCAAAAGGAUGUGAAUGUGUAUUGUUUCAGAACCUAAUAAAUACAAUGGCGUUAAAUCUUA